AUGACCCAUAAACUUCCCCCAAACCUCCUCCAGCUCUUCUCUCCUCGCCCUCCGCUACGUUACCUUCCGGCCAGCGAUCACCCCCAAGAAGGAAGAAAGACCAACAAUAUCGGGGGACUUGCCGCCUUCCUACCUGCCCUACAAGAAUAUAAGGAGGUCGUGCCAAUUAUUCCCGGAGAGAGCUGGUUCGAGAGAAAGGAGAGGUUAAAGGCCGAACAGAGGGAGUCGGCUGUCAGCGUGUUGAAGGAGGGUGCAGAAAGAAGUGAGAUCUUUCCAUUGUCGACUUGUGAACUUAGAUCAUUAGCUGACACUCGAAGCUCAGAACCUGAUGAUGACCCAAAUGUGAGGGGGGACGCUUUCAAAACCCUUUUUGUUGCCCGCUUGAGCUAUGAUACUACCGAAAAGGACCUCGAGCGUGAGUUUGGCCGCUUUGGGCCGAUCGAGAGAAUCCGGAUUGUCGUAGACAUCACGACAGCAAGUAAUGGCAUUAAUGGUGAUCAUAAGAGCGAUGAGAAUCAACAGCCAAAGAAGAAAGAGAAGCCACAUCGUGGCUACGCAUUCAUCGUCUACGAACGUGAAAAGGAUAUGAAGGGUACUGCCUCCCUAUGCCCACACCUCAAUACUGAGUACGGGAUAUUCCUGCCUACAAAGAAACAGACGGCAUUCGAAUCAAAGACCGCAGAGUCCUUGUCGAUGUGGAGAGAGGACGCACCGUUAAAGGCUGGCGACCACGCCGGCUUGGUGGUGGAUUAG